CUUCUUUUGUUUUUGCAGAUUUGGAAUCCAAAAAGUUAUCGCAAAAGGACAUUUAUGAAAUGAAUUUAUCUCAAUGGGAGAUAAUGGAAAACACUAGAAGUUGUAGCCUAGAAGACUGCUUUUUCAGAAAAAAAAAUGUUAAUAUAAAAAGUUUGAGAAACAAAAAGGUCCUCAAAGGGGAUAUUUUAGGCAAAAGAGAAAAAAUACCUCUGAAAAAAGUCACUUACAGAAAACUCAAAUCUUUUCAUUUGUAUAAGAGAAUUCCUAAUAGAGAGAAACCCUAUGAAUGCAGGGAGUGUGAAAAGGCUUUUAGAGUACACCAACAACUUACUUUCCAUGAGAGAAUUCAUACUGGUGAGAAAUCCUAUGAAUGUAAAGAUUGUGGUAAAGCCUUUAGAUAGUGUGCCCACCUUAGUCGACAUCAGAGAAUGCAUACUCCUGACAAACUUCUUGAAUGUAAAAAAUGUGCAAAGAUUUUUACAUGUAGUGCAGAUCUUCGAGUACAUCAGAGAAUUCAUAUUGGUGAGAAGCCCUAUGAAUGUAAAGAAUGUGGGAAGUCCUUUAGAGUGCGAGGUCAACUUAAUCUUCAUCAAAGAAUUCAUAGUGGUGAAAAGCCCUAUGAAUGUAAGGAAUGUGGGAAGAACUUUAGACAAUAUGCACACCUUACUCGCCAUCAAAGACUUAGUAUUUCUGAGAAGUGCUAUGAAUGUAAAGAAUGUGGCCAGGCUUUUUUUGUGUAGUACAGGCUUUAGAAUACAUCACAAACUUCAUACUGGUGAAAAACCCUAUGAAUGUAAGGAUUGCGGGAAAGCCUUCAGAGUGAGGCAACAACUUACUCGCCAUCAGAGAAUUCAUUCUGGUGAGAAACCCUAUGAUUGUAAGGUCUGUGGGCUAUCAUCUAACUCUCCAUCAGAGAAUUCAUACUGGUGAGAAACCUUAUGAAUGUAAAGAAUGUCAGAAGUUCUUUCGUCAUUAUUCAGAACUUAUAUCACAUUAGGGUGUUCAUGUUGGAGGAAGCCCUAUGAUUGUAAGGAAUGUGGGAAAGCAUUUAGACUAUUUUCUCAACUUACUCAACAUCAGACUAUUCAUUUUGGUGAGAAACUUAUAAAUGUAAGGCAUGUGAGAAGACAUUUAGACUGCUCUCACAACUUACUCAACACCAGAGUAUUCAUGCCGGUGAUAAACCCUAUGAAUGUAAGGAAUGUUGAAAGGUCUUUAGACUUCAUUCAUCACUUAUUCAAUAUCAGAGAAUUCAUUCUGGAGAGAAACCAUACAAUUGUAAGGAAUGUAAGAAGACAUUUAGACAACACUCACACCUUACUUACCAUCAGCGAAUUCAUAAUGUAACUAAAUAGUUGUGAGAAAGCUUUCCAUUGUGAAUUUUCUGUUAAGGAGCAUU